AUGAUGGCGCAUGAACUACCUUCUUCCAUUCUUCAUCUUCAAAUUGAUGGAAAUGGCGGUAAUACUGGUAAUAAAUCAAAUCAAGCUAAGAAUUCUAAGGAAAAGAAUCAUAAAAGACAACCAAGUAAUGAUGAUAGACGUUUACCAAAUGGGGCAAAGGUUAAUUUUGGAAAUGGUACUGGGAAUGGAACUCUAAAUGGAUCUAAUAAUAGACCUAAGAAACCUUCCAAGCAGAAUAGUAAUACUCCUGAGCCUGAGUCAAAGAAAAAGAACCAAAAUGGAAAUCUAUCAUCAGUUGAAUUAAGUACUUCACCAAGUUUACCAGAUGGAAGUAAACCAAAUUUUUAUAAUGGUAAUGAUAAGAAUAAAGAUUCAUCUAAAGGUAGUAAAAAGAAAUCAAAUCUUCGUGAUGCAUCUUUACCAAAUGGUGAAAAACCAAAUUUUUAUAAUAAUGAUUCAAAGCCAAGACCAAAAUCUUCAGAACAAUCUUUACCUAGUGGUGAAAAACCUAAUUUUGGUAAUAACAACAAUAAAAAGAACGAUGAUAAUAACAACAACAAUAACAAAAAAGAUCCUAAAGAUGUUUAUGCUGGAUCAUCAUUUGGUACUUCUCCUGCAGCUUUAAAUUUACCUAAACCAUCAUUUAAAAGUUCUCCAAAACAAAACAAUGGUAGUAAUAGUGCUGAACAUUCUCCAACUUCAAGUGUUUCAGGUGGAUCAUCAUCUCCUUUAAGUAGUGUUCUUAGUCCAAAUAAUAAUCUACCUCCAAGAUAUCCAGUUACUGCUUAUCCACCAGGAGCUGGGCCUCCUGCUGCAAAUUAUAUGCAAAUGCCUCCACCCCCACUUCAACAUCAAUUUCCUCCAAAUCAAUACAUUCAACCUGGAUUUGCUUAUACUAUAACUCCACAAGGAUUUAUUCAAUAUCAAUAUCCACCAUUCCAAGCUCCAAUGCCAGGAACUGGUUUAGCUCCAAUGUAUGGAGGAAAUAACUAUAAUUUACAUAGUCAAGGUCAAGGUCAAGGUCCAAUUCCGGUUCCAAUUCCAACUGGUUCAAACGAUUCUACAAAUGGUAAUAAAGGACAAAAGAUUUCGUUUAAUGAUUUAUUAAGUUCUUCAAAAUAG